AUCAUCCUUUGGGAUCACAUCUACAGCCCUUGGUUUUGGGUCUUCUGCAGAACACGCUGCUUUAGGAAUUGCCAACACUUGUGUCAAGAGAUCUCGAGAAAAACAAAAUGAGGAUAGGUCGGACUUGGAGAAACCAAAUGGAAAAAUGGAAACCAAAUUUGGGCAAAUGGAGAAACCUGGUAAAAUGACCAGUCCUAGGAGAUCAAUAACACGAUCUUACUAUCGCAAUUCUGUGGGCGGCUUGCUGGUGUUUGACAUCACAAAUCGGAGAUCUUUUGAACAUGUGAAAGACUGGCUAGAAGAAGCAAAAAUGCAUGUGCAGCCCUUUCAGAUCGUGUUUCUGUUAGUAGGACAUAAAUGCGACUUAGUAUCACAGCGGGAGGUUACAAGAGAAGAGGCUGAAAAACUGUCCUCUGACUGUGGUAUGAAAUACAUUGAAACUUCAGCAAAAGAUGCCACAAAUGUCGAAGAGUCCUUUACAAUCCUUACCCGAGACAUCUAUGAACUUGUGAAAAAAGGAGAAAUCACAAUCCAAGAUGGAUGGGAAGGUGUUAAGAGCGGGUUCGUUCCAAACGUGGUCCAUUCAUCAGAGGAAGCUGUAAAGCCCAGAAGACAGUGCAGCUGUUAAACCUGCAGCACGCCAAAGAGCACGUCAGAUGUUCCGAAAAUUAUGCCAAUCUAAUUAACAGAAAAAUCAUUUUGAAACAAUAUCAGAU